CGGUACCGACUCCGUCACCGCCUCACCGGAGGAGAGGACUCCUCCCGGUCAUCUCAACCGUCCCUCGAAGCCAACAAAAAAAGAAAGCGAAAGGGGAGAGAAGCGGGCGGAGCGGGAGCCUGACGCGACGCCAGCUCCUCCUUCCUCCGCCCCGAUUCAGAUCUCGCCUCGUCUCCCACCCGUCAGCGUCGGCUCCCCUCCAUUCCUCCCCACCUCCGUCUCCCACUGACCACUCCCUCUCCAUCGGCGGCAGCGUGCGCGACGGGCAAUGGAGGCCAUCCGGAAGCAGGCCUCCAAGCUCCGGGAGCAGGUCGCUCGGCAGCAGCAGGCCGUCAUGAAGCAGUUCGGGGGAGGGUACGGUGCGGACGGCGCGUUCUCGGACGAGGCCGAGAUGCAGCAGCACUCCAAGCUCGAGAAACUUUACAUCUCCACCCGCGCCGCAAAGCACUUCCAAAGGGAUGUCGUUCGCGGCGUUGAGGGCUACAUCGUCACCGGGUCGAAGCAAGUCGAAAUCGGGAAUAAGUUAUGCGAGGAUGGCAAGAAGUACGGUACUGAGAACACUUGUACCAGUGGGAAUACGUUGUCAAAGGCGGCGUUGAGUUUCGCGAAGGCACGGUCCAUCAUGGAGAAGGAGCGUGGGAACUUGCUGAAAGCCCUGGGCACACAGGUUGCAGAACCACUGAGGGCUAUGGUUAUGGGAGCUCCUUUGGAGGAUGCUCGCCACCUUGCCCAAAGAUACGACAGAGUGCGUCAAGAAGCUGAAGCACAGGCUAUUGAAGUUUCGAAGCGCCAAAUGAAAUUAAGAGAGACCUCUGGAAAUAGUGAUAUGAUUUCAAGGCUAGAGGCAGCUGAGUCAAAGCUCCAUGAGUUGAAAUCAAAUAUGGGGGUUUUGGGCAAAGAAGCUGUUGCAGCAAUGACUGCUGUUGAAGCCCAACAGCAAAGGCUGACAAUGCAACGACUUAUUGCAUUGGUUGAAUCUGAGAGAAAUUACCACCAAAGGGUUCUACAAAUUCUUGAUCAACUUGAAAGAGAGAUGGUAUCUGAGCGCCAAAGAAUUGAUGGUGCACCUCCUCCGGUGGUUGAGAGUUCCAUGCCACCACCACCUGCAUAUGAAGAAGUCAACGGUAUAUUCAUGAGGAGUCCAACAGUUGCAGAGUUGGUCGAGACUGUGGAGUACUUCUUGGCUGAGGCCAUCCAGUCAUAUCGGGCUGAGAGUGAAACCGAGCUCAACCUUUCAGCUGGUGACUACAUAGUGGUCCGAAAGGUGUCGAACAAUGGAUGGGCGGAAGGUGAAUGCAGGGGGAAAGCUGGCUGGUUCCCUUACGACUACAUCGAAAAACGGGAACGUGUACUUGCAAGUAAAGUUGCUCAAGUCUUCUAAGACGUUCACUGAGCCAUACAUAUACCGGGUGCUGUACACUGUAUUUUGUUCUUCAUCUUCAGAAUGUGAUCAGAGAAGAUCUGUUCUAUUCUUUUUGUCAAACCUGCCUGUUGGAUGGCUUGUUCUUGCAUGCCCAUCUGCAUUGUUCAGAUUUACAUGGCAGGAAUUGCGCACUAAUGUUUAUCUGCAAUUUUCUCUUCAAUAUAUAACUAUACCUUUUUUUUUCAA